AUGCAUUUCCAAGAUAUUGCAUUCGCUCUCUUUGUGACUGGAGCAUUCGCUGCACCAGCUGCGUUAAAGUCUAGAGAUGCAUGCUCCGAUACCUGCAACACUGAGUACAACACCUGUCGAAGUGCUCCAGGUGCAAACCGAUCCACUUGCGCUUCCAACUAUGCAUCAUGCCUCGGAUAUUCUCCUUAUGAUAGCAACGGAUCACUCGUCACUCCAACUGCUUGCUCCUCUUCAGUAGCAUCAACUACAGCUUCAUCUGCCACAACAUCCGCUACAGCCGAUGCUUGCGUAUCCAAAUGUAACGCAUCAUACAACUCAUGCCGUACUGGGCCAAACGCCAAUCAAGCCACAUGUGCUUCUGAGUACUCAACAUGUCUCGGAUACCUUCCAUAUGAUAGUAACGGAUCACUCGUUACCCCAACUGCUUGCUCCUCAGUGGCAUCAUCAACCACUGCUGCAAUCACAACCACUACUCAAGCUGCUUCAUCUGCCACAACUGACGCUUGUGUAUCUAAAUGCAACAACUCAUAUAACUCAUGUCGAUCUGCCCCUGAUGCUAACAUGUCUACAUGUGCAUCUGAAUAUGCCACAUGUCUUGGAUAUUUACCUUUUGACAACAGCGGAUCCCUGGUUACUCCUACCGCGUGCUCCAGCAGCGCCGUUUCUACAACAAAUGCACCAAGUUCCACACAAGCUCCUCAAGCUUCCGGGACCUCUUCUCCAGAUCAAACCUCGAUUGUUGAGGGGGCAGAACGGACUAUCAAGCAAUUGAUCAGAUACUGUUCCGAAGAUGGAUCUGGAUGUGAUUACAACUUUGCCAUCUCCUACAACGAUGAGCGAUCUGAUGAGAGAUGUACCGUCAUUCGUAUGCCAGGAAGUGGUGCUACAACCGAGUCCUGGUAUGGAAUUCCAUGUACUACAGGAUCUGCAAACACUAUCUCUUGGGGAGUUUCUGACCAGUUUGGUGCUGAAAACGCAUUUGCUGUUUUGACUGUCACCAACAACGAAGAGAAGACAAAUGCUUAUUUCGGUGUCUCGAACGUAAACGGAAAUCCAGUCACUCCUUCAAGUCCUGCUGGAUCCGGUAACUUUGGAGACAUUGGUCCUGAACCAGUUUAUGUCUUCUAA